UACAGUGUGGCCAGCGGCCUCUAUCACACAACACUCUGUGACCACAGCACCUACCACAGCAAUGGCCAGCCCCACCUGCUUUCUGCUCUGCUUGUCUGCCACCCAGCUUUUUGCCCAAGGGCUGCCUUUUAGUGAGGGGUCUCCCAAGACACCUCAGAAGCUGGGGUUGGUGGUGGAAGAUCUACAUGGCAACAAGACCCUCCAGCAGGGUUCUCUCUCUGGACACCAGAUGGAGGUGCUGAUGUUCCCUCAUGCCCACUUUGGUCUCAGAAGGCAGAAGAGGGACUGGGUUGUCCCUCCUAUCUCCAUCAGCGAGAAUGGAAAAGGCCCAUUCCCAAAAACAGUGGCCCAGGUCAAAUCUGAUAAAGGCAAGGAAAUCCGGGUUUUCUACAGCAUCACUGGCCCAGGCGCUGAUGAACCUCCUUAUGGUGUGUUUAUAAUGGACAGAGAAACAGGAUGGCUAAAGGUGACAAUGCCCCUGGACAGAGAGCAGAAAUCCCACUAUGUUCUUUUCCUUCAUGCUGUGUCUUCAACUGGGAAUGCUGUGGAAGAGCCAAUGGAGACUGUGAUCACAGUACGAGACCAGAAUGACAACACGCCCAGAUUCACCCAGGCGGUUUUCGAGGCGUCUGUGAUGGAAAGAGCCCACCCAGGAACCUCCGUGAUGCAAAUCACAGCAACGGACGCAGACGACCAUGAGAACACCUACAAUGCAGCCAUUGCUUACACCAUUCUCCACCAAGACCCCCCAGUGCCUCACGCCAACAUGUUCACCAUCAACCGGGACAAAGGCAUCAUCGCUGUGCUCACUCCUGGGCUGGACAAACAGAUUGCUUCCGUAUACACCCUGACAAUUCAAGCCGCUGACCUCCAAGGUGAAGGUUUAAGUUCUACAGGGACAGCGGUGAUCACAGUCACCCACAACAACACCAACCCUCCCGUCUUCAGCCCGACCUUGUACGUGGGCCAGGUGUUUGAGAACAAGGUGGAUGCAGGGAUAGUGAGACUGAAGGUGAAGGGAGCAGACGCCCCAGGCUCUCCAGCAUGGAAGGCAGUGUUUUCCAUCCUGAAUGACAGAGCAGGCCUCUUCACUGUCACCACGGACCCGGAGACCAACAAUGGCCUUUUGAAAACAGCCAAGGGCUUGGAUUUUGAGACCACACAGCAGUACACCCUUUACGUGACAGUGGUGAAUGCAGGGCCCGUGGCAUCUCUCUUCACCUCUACGGCCACGGUCACUGUGAAUGUGUUGGACAUGAAUGAGGCCCCUGUCUUUGUACCCCAGAUGAAGAUGGUGGAAAUGCCCAGGGACAUCGGUGUGGGCCAGGAAAUAACAUCAUACAAGGCCCAGGACCCAGACAGCUUCCACUCUCAGGAAAUCAGGUAUCAGAUAUGGCAUGACCCCAGCCAUCAGCUGGACGUCAACCCAGAAACAGGCGUCAUUUCCACUCGAGCCAGUCUUCAGGGGGACAGCAUGGAGAACCACACGUUUUCGGCUGUGGUCAUAGCUAUGGACAACGGACAACCUCCAGCCACAGGGACCGGGACCCUUGUCCUCACUUUCUCUCAUAUAGACUGCCCAGGAGUAGACUCGAAGUGCCUUUCCAUCUGCCAGAGGGGACCAGAGCCUGAGGCUGGCAGAGGCAUGGAGCCGGUCAGCAGCCCACUGACCACACAUGUGCUGGACACUGCCUCGGGACUCCCAGCCCAAGGCCUCUGCCUCCGUCUGUCCAGGCUCGAGGACCAUGGCCAGCAGUGGAUGGAGCUGAGGAAAAGCUACACCGACUCAGAUGGCCGCUGCCCGGGGCUCCUGCCACCAGGCCCGAUGAAGGCGGGCACCUACAAGCUGUCCUUUGACACUGAGGGCUACUGGAGGAAGAGGGGACAGGAGAGUUUCUACCCAUACGUGGAGGUCGUGUUCACCAUCACCAACGAGACCCACAGGUUCCAUGUGCCCCUGCUGCUGAGCCCGUGGUCCUACACCACGUAUCGAGGGAGCUAGCGGCUGAGCCAUUGCGUCCGGACAACCGCUGGCCUGUGAGCAUCAACCCCGUCCCCAAGGCUCACUGAGACACCCCAACGGAGGGCACCAAUUUACACUACCUGUGGGGGAAUCUGGCCCAAUUUCCAGCAGCAGCUGAGUCUCGGGCAUCAAUAAAGUCAAUGCUGGCAUCUGCAA